CGCGAGCGCAAGGUGCAUGAAAAAGUUAAUGUGUUGAGUUUUUGUGAUAUUAUCAAAGAAAUAAGCAAGAAUGUUGGCACUACGUAAUACACAAAAGUUUUAUAUACGUGCCUUGCUGCCGGCAGCCUGCAAAAACGUGGGACUUCUUAGCUACUCAAGCUCUUCCCAGUCGAAGGACGAUGAUGGUGCCUCCUCUUCGGAUGAUGAGAAGCAGCCGAAGAAGCAGCGUAAGUCUGCAGAGAAACCCAAAGAAACAGCAGCGCAGCGCUUGAAUCGCUUGCUUGGCAGCAUGCAAAUGCAAACUACGGAUCACCUAGCGGAUGCGGAUUUUCCACGUCCAGGGGAUGCUAAUCGCCGGCGCCGGGAAGCACUAAAGCAGGAUGCUGCCACUAAGGACGUUAUCACAGCAGCCAAGAAUAUUGCCAGCAUGUUGGGCACGGGCGAAAACGAGAGAAAACAAACCGAAUCCGAACUGCUAGCUAAACUACUGGGACACAGCGUGGAAGGUGGACCAGAUGCACCGCCAGGCGAUAACAAGAGCACACCAGCCGCAAGUGCUGGCACAGAGAAGGAGCUCAAUUUAAGCGAACUAAUUGUGGGCAUGAAAAUCGAUCGUCGCCAGCAGCCGCAGCAAACGGAGCAAACUCGCGGCGAAUAUGUGCGUCGCACGUUGGCAUCGCGUCCCAAAUCCAGGUCGGGUGAUCACACAUCGUCGCAGCGUCCGCAGCGACACAUUAAACGUGAAGCGGAAACCUUCUCAGGCAGCGUCAACUUGUAUGGUGGCGAACCUUUGGGUAUUUUUACCAAAGACUCAACAAAGCUGCUGCAUUCACCGGACAUGCUCUCCACCUGGUCCGCGCUGAACGAGCGUGAAUUGAAACUACAGGCAGCUCAUCCACCUGCCAACUACUUUGAGCAGAUGAUCCAAUGGACGGCACAAGGCAAAGUUUGGCGUUUCCCGAUUGACAACGAGCAGGAUAUGCAUGAGGAAGCGAACGUUGACUUUUCGGAGCACAUUUUUCUGGAACAGCAUUUGGAGGGCUGGUGUCCCAACAAAGGGCCCAUACGCCAUUUCAUGGAGUUGGUGUGCGUGGGUCUCUCCAAAAACCCGUACGUUACGGCGCAGGAGAAGAAGGAGCACAUUUUGUGGUUCCGCGAUUACUUUGAGGCCAAAAAGGACAUUCUCAAGGAUCUAAUAAGCAAAGGAAGCAAUGAAAGCACAAAGAAUGUAACGGCUUAGUUUUGAUGACGUGAA